CUCUUCCAUGAUGAAUGGCGGCCAUAUUAGCGGUUGAGUUAUUUGAGCAUAUAUAAAGUAGUAAUCAAUGAAUUUAUUUUGGAAGUUUUAUUGUUAAUUAAACAUAAAAAAUCAUUGCAUGCACAAUCUCCGUAACUCAUAGGUCUUUAGAGAUUAAUAAAUUUUCUAAUAUGGAAGAAAAAAGUGCGUUGAAGGAAUUAGACUCUUGGAUAGAGCAACUGAACGAAUGCAAGCAGUUGACAGAAAACCAAGUGAAAACUUUAUGUGAAAAGAUGUGUAAAAGAUUCAACAGCUGCAGUCUAGCUAACCAGAAAAGAGAGUGAGUAAGGAAGAUGAAAGGCCCAAUUCAGAGUGAUUUGGCUAAAGAAAUUCUUGCCAAGGAGUCCAAUGUUCAAGAAGUAAAAUGUCCUGUUACUGUAUGCGGCGAUGUCCAUGGCCAGUUCCAUGAUUUGAUGGAAUUAUUUCGUAUAGGAGGAAAGUCACCUGAUACAAACUAUCUCUUCAUGGGUGAUUAUGUAGAUAGAGGCUAUUAUUCUGUUGAAACUGUUACAUUACUUGUGGCACUUAAGGUUCGUUAUAGGGAAAGAAUAACUAUUCUCAGAGGGAAUCAUGAGAGUAGACAGAUCACUCAAGUAUAUGGUUUUUAUGAUGAAUGUCUUCGUAAAUAUGGAAAUGCUAAUGUUUGGAAAUAUUUUACAGAUCUGUUUGACUACUUGCCAUUGACUGCAUUAGUUGAUGGUCAGAUAUUCUGCUUACAUGGAGGAUUAUCUCCAUCUAUUGACACAUUAGACCACAUCAGAGCACUCGACCGUCUUCAAGAAGUUCCUCAUGAGGGUCCAAUGUGUGAUUUACUAUGGUCAGAUCCUGACGAUAGAGGAGGCUGGGGGAUUUCUCCCCGUGGAGCAGGAUAUACAUUUGGACAAGAUAUUUCAGAAACUUUCAACCACAGCAAUGGCCUGACAUUAGUGGCUAGAGCUCAUCAGCUUGUAAUGGAGGGAUAUAACUGGUGCCAUGACAGAAACGUUGUGACCAUAUUCAGUGCUCCUAACUACUGCUAUCGAUGUGGUAAUCAAGCUGCAAUUAUGGAAUUAGAUGAUGCUUUAAAGUAUUCAUUCCUACAGUUUGAUCCAGCACCAAGGAGAGGAGAACCACAUGUCACAAGACGUACUCCGGACUAUUUUCUUUAAAUGUAUUUCACUGGACAUUUCCAUAAUUAUAUUAACUAGGUUCUGUAUAUGUUUUACCAGUUGCUGAAAUGCAGAAUUGUUAUACAUCUUGAAAUGUAUACAUCUUUGGCUGUGAAUGUAUAAUCUUUCUUUUUUCCUUGAAUGAUUUUAAAUUUCCAGGAUAUCCAGAUUAGUGAAAAAAUACCUGUAGAGGAUAAAAAUGUUGUGUAUGGAAAAAGAUCCAUGAUUCUGAUCAUUUUUAUAAUUAUUUAUGUAUACAUUAUUCAGUUUAUUUUAACUUGUGCAAAUAUUUGUAUACUUAACAUUACUCUGUUUAAGCAGGAGUAUAUUUUCUUUUUGUCAAAGCAUUCAUCAUUGUUUGGAAGUAGUUUUUUUUGUGUAUUCAUGAGGAAAUAGUGUUGUGUAUGCUUCUUUAAAUUAACUUCCUGUAGUCUAAAGUCAUUGCUUAAUCUGGUUUGAAGCCACCGUAAUUUUUAUUCAGAAUUUUUAAAUCAUUAAAAUGUGUCUUUUCUUUUGUUUGUUUAUUACCCCUUUCUACAAGCAAAUGUUUCAUGUCAGCCCCCUUUUUUGAAUUAGGUUAUUUUGGAUAAAAAUUGUGUACAGUCUGUUUUUCCAAAGAUUAAUAAAAAGUUCGUCAUGUAAA